AUGAGCCCACCGGACACAUCCAACGGCACAGGAGAAGGGGAAGCUGCUGAUACUGAUGCCUGGUUUCAGCUUAAUAACAGUCUGGGCGUACAUCCACCUGGUUUUCACACGGACAUCACCAAGCACCUUGGAGUCCAGAUCACCUUGAUCACAGCCUAUUCCUUAAUCAUACUCCUGGGGCUGCUGGGGAAUGCACUUGUGAUUUACAUGAUCAUCCGCUACAGAAACAUGCGAACAGUGACCAACUUCUUCAUAUCUAAUUUGGCCCUGGCAGACCUCCUGGUGGACACUCUGUGCCUGCCAUUUACUCUGGUCUACACACUGCUAGAUGAGUGGAAGUUUGGGGCUGUGCUGUGCCACAUGGUGCCCUUUGCCCAAGCCUUGAGUGUGCACGUAUCCAUCCUGACCCUGACUGUGAUAGCUCUGGAGCGUUACCGCUGCAUUGUCUUCCACCUUGGUCGGCGCCUCACAUGGCACUCCAGCUUCCUGAUUAUGGCAUUCACCUGGACUAUGUCUGCUGUCCUGGCAGCACCCCUGGCCAUCUUCAGAGAGUACCGCCAUGAAGAGAUUCCUUCUAUCAACCUCCGCAUUGCUGUCUGCUCUGAGAAGUGGCCCCACGGGACCAGCAGAGAUGGAGUCAUAUACAGCCUCUCAAUGCUGCUCCUACAGUACAUUAUUCCUUUAGCCAUCAUCAGUUAUGCUUACAUUUGUAUCUGGGUUAAGCUGAAGAAUCAUAUCAGCCCAUCCACCCGCAGUGACAGUAUCAACCGACGCAAAAAGACCACCAAGAUGUUGGCCCUCGUGGUGGUGGUGUUUGCUAUCUGCUGGUUGCCCUUCCACAUGUUCCAGCUGGCCAGUGAUCUGGACCUGGUGCUCAGGUUUAAGGAAUACAAACUGAUAUAUACAGUGUUCCAUAUUGUGGCUAUGUGUUCGACUUUUACCAACCCUCUCCUCUACGGGUGGAUGAAUAAAAACUAUAGGAACGGCUUCCUCAUGGUCUUCCGUUGUGAGGAUAAGCCAGAUGCUUUCCACGCUGAGGGCUCGUUUAGGACACGUUCCAUAAGAAGGCAGACUCUGAAUGGUCGCAAUGGUGGACACCCUCCGACUGCUGUAUGA